CCGCCUUGGAAGCCGUGGCGGGAAAGUGUUGGGCUUCCCUGAGGCGCCAACAUGGCCGAGGCCGAGGAGGAAGCCGGGCUGGAGUCAGAGGGCGAGGAGGUGGUGCUCACCCCGGCCCAGCUCAUCCAACACCUGGAGCAGGCUUGGAUGAAUGAGAAGUUUUCCCCUGAGCUGCUGGAGAGCAAAUCGGAAAUCGUGGAGUGCGUCAUUGAGCAGCUGGAGCACAUGGAGGAGAACCUGAAGCGCACCAAAGGAGGGGACCUGAAGGCCAGCAUCCACCGCAUGGAAGUGGAGAGGAUCCGCUACGUCCUCAGCAGCUAUUUGCGCAGUCGGAUCCGAAAGAUUGAGAAAUAUUUCCCGCACGUCCUGGAAAAAGAGAAGACACGGACGGAGGGAGAGCCCUCCAUCCUCUCUCCAGAAGAGUUCGCUUUCGCCAAAGAGUACAUGGCCAACACAGAGGCCCAUCUCAAAAAUGUGGCUCUGAAGCACAUGCCUCCAAACCUACAGAAGGUGGACCUCCUCAAAAUAGUCCCCAAACCAAACCUGGACGCCUUUGUGUUCCUGCGAGUGAAGGAGAGGCAGGAGAACAUCCUGGUGGAGCCAGAGACGGAUGAGCAGAGCGAGUACGUGAUUGACCUGGACGAGGACUCCCAGCACCUGAUCCGGUACAAAACCAUCGCUCCUUUGGUGGCUUCCGGGGCGGUCAAGCUCAUUUGAAAUGCAAGGAGAAGUGAAAUACUGCAAAUUUGGAGGGGAAAGGCUUGUUCCCAGUUCCCAUCGAUGUUUUCGCUUGCAAAUAUCCUUUUUCUGUCCUGCUGCAAAAAAAGAGGAAACCCUGCAAUCCACCAUAUGACCAGCAGGUGGCACUAGACCUAUUCUGACAAUGGAAAUUUAUACAUAUUUCCAUAACUUGGAGGCAAUUACUUUUCUGGACUGCAGUUCCAAUUAAUAGUAACUUUUUCAAGGACGGACUUUUCUAGCCUACCAAGGCUCCCCUCGCGGUGGCUGGGGACAAUGGAAGUUUCAGUCCACCCCAUCAGAAGCCUUCUAGCGCAUAGAGAAGGCGGCAAGGAACUGCAUUGCCAUCCCCAUAAUAAAUAAUAAUAUUCAACUCAA